UCUGUAGUAAGCGAAGUGAAAAGAAGAUUCUAGAAGAUUCCAGAAUAGUAACUUUUACUUUCAGUUGUUGGUAGGAAAUUAAACAAAGACAGCGAUUAGCGAUUUCCUGCUUUCUGCUUUCAGUCAGUCAUUUGUGGAUUAUCCAAGAGUGAAUAUUGCCGGUGAUUCUUUGCGUGAACGCGAAUAUAAUCUAGGCGAUUUAUUGAUUCAGUGAUAGCAUCUGUAAAGUUUAUAUAUUCAGCAAACGAGUGAUUCGAUUUAAUUUCCGAAAAUGGCUACAAUGUCUGUGAUAGGAAUCGAUUUCGGUAACGAAUCCUGCUAUGUUGCGGUUGCAAAAGCAGGCGGCAUCGAAACUAUAGCUAACGACUACAGUUUGCGAGCCACACCAUCAUUUAUUGCCUUCUCCGAGAAGAAUCGUAUAUUGGGCGUAGCGGCGAAAAACCAACAGGUCACAAACAUGAAAAAUACUGUCUACUGUUUGAAGCGUUUAUUAGGUAGAAAAUAUAGAGACCCCCAUGUCCAACAAGAGCUACAGUUACUACCAUUUACAGUUGUAGAAGAAAAAGGUGGUAAUAUAGGAAUAAAGGUUAGAUAUUUGAAUGAGGAACAUACAUUCUCACCAGAGCAGUGUUUGGCUAUGUUGUUAACAAAAUUGAAAGAUAUUUCUGCUAAUGCCCUUCAAACACCCAUCAACGACUGUGUGAUAUCAGUUCCAUCCUAUUAUACGAACAAUGAAAGAAAGGCGUUGUUAGACUCUGCUGCUAUUGCAGGUCUAAACGUAUUGCGAUUAAUGAACGAACCUACCGCUACCGCUCUAUCGUAUGGCAUAUACAAGCAAGAUCUGCCCAACCCCGAGGAGAAGGCUCGCAAUGUAGUGUUCGUCGACUGCGGUCACUGUUCGCUGCAGGUGAGCGCUGUCGCCUUCCACAAGGGCAAGCUGCGCAUGCUCAGUUGUUCAUCCGACCCCCACCUAGGCGGCAGGGACUUCGAUAUGCUCAUCGCCGAUCAUUUCUGCAAGCAGUUCCAGACCAAGUAUGGAAUCGAUGCUAAGUCCAACCCAAGGGCGUUCAUUCGAUUGCUAGCUGAAGCAGAGAAAUUGAAGAAGCAAAUGUCGGCAAACUCAACGACAUUGCCUUUGAACAUAGAGUGCUUCAUGAAUGACAAAGACGUCUCUGGUGAUAUGAAAAGAGCGGACAUGGAAAGUCUAGCUCAAGGACUACUCCAAAGGGUAGAACAAACAUUGAAACAAUGUUUAACCCAAUCAGGUCUCGACGUGAACGACAUCCAUUCAGUAGAGGUUGUGGGCGGUUCAACUAGAAUCCCUGCCAUCAAAGGAUUGAUUGAGCGGAUAUUUAACAGAACGCCCAGCACCACUCUGAACCAAGACGAGGCUGUUUCCAGAGGGUGUGCUUUACAGUGCGCGAUCUUGUCACCUGCCGUCAGGGUGCGUGACUUCAGCGUGACGGAUGUGCAGGUCUAUCCGAUCACGGUGGCGUGGGAUGCGAGUCCAAGCGGCGAAUCUGCGGGUGAAAUCGAGGUGUUUCCAGUCAACCAUGCGGUACCGUUCUCGAAAAUGCUCACAUUUUACAGGAUGGAACCAUUCACGCUUAGAGCGAGAUAUUCUGGAUCCAUACCGUAUCCUGAUAAAGAAAUAGGCAAAUGGGUGAUAAAAGACAUCCGGCCGAACGCGGACGGCAAGCCGCAAAAGGUGAAGGUCAAGGCACGCGUGAACCUACAUGGCAUCAUGACCAUAUCCAGCGCCUCCCUAUUCGAAGCGAAGGAAACGCCCGAACCGGAAACUCCAGAAGAGCAACAAGCGGCCAAAGGUGGCGAGCAACAGCAAGAGACUAACGCCGAACAGCAAAACGGCCCCCAGCAACAGCAGCCGAACGAUGUGGACAUGGAUGGUCAGCAACAACAACAAGGGGGAGCUGCUCCAGAGGUAGGAUCCGGCUCCAGUUGGACGAAGAGAAUAUCUGCCUGGUUCAGCGGGGUACGCAUUAUGUCCCGAGAAGCCGCAGAAAAGGAUAAAAAGAAGAAACAAACUGUGAAGAGUAUUGAACUUCCGAUAGAAUCUCUUACAUUCGGUUUCUCGAAUGUAGAACUUAAUCAGUUUACAGAGCAAGAGUUCAAAAUGAUUGCAUCAGACAAACAAGAGAAAGAAAGGGCUGAUGCUCGUAAUGCGUUUGAAGAAUACGUGUACGAGCUGCGAAACAAAGUGUCAUCUGAGGACGAGCUGGCUCCUUAUAUUCUAGAGAAGGACAGAACGUCACUGGUGACUCGACUGGACGACAUGGAGAACUGGCUGUACGAGGAAGGAGAGGAUUGCCACAAGCAGGUCUAUGUGGAUAAGCUAGCCUCGCUGAAGGAAAUUGGGGAUCCGGUUCACAGCAGACGGUACGAGCACGAAACAAGACCUGGACAGGUGGAAGAGUUCGCUAGGUCUCUGCAACUUACCAUGAAGGCUCUCGAGCAAGUCAAAUCAAAAGACCCAAAAUACGCCCACCUGACCGAAGAAGACGUGAAAAAGGCGGACCAAGCAUUCAACCAUGCCUACCAAUGGCUGGAGCAGACACGUCAGAAGACGGCCAGCGCCCCGCUUCACCUAUCUCCGUCUGUCACUGUGGCGCAGAUUAGGCAGGAAAAGACCAACUUUGAGAACACAAUUAACUCCGUGUUGAACAAACCAGCGCCCAAGGCUCAGACACCACCGAAGGAGGAACAGGUAUGAAAACUGGCGGAGACCAACAGCAGCAGCCCCAACAGGAACAGAACGGACAACCUCAACAGAACAGUGAUAAGCAGCAGGAGAACAUGGAAUGGUCCACUACAAAUUAGAAAGACAGCGUCUAGGUGUUAUUUUUUAAUUUUCCAUUUUUUAAAUUAAUCCUUGUGUAUUUCCGAUUCGGGAGGAUGGUGCAACCAUUCCUCUCGAUCUGCGUGAGUGGUUGCAAAAUUUGAUUAGGAUUUAGAUCAAAAAUACCGUUUUAAAGCAUUUGAUGCAAUUAUUUGUUUGCCAGAGCAUGAAUUUGGUUUACUUAAAGCCAUCAAAACAGCGCCAAUUUAUUUAAAAUAUAACUAUUUCAAUUCAACUAAUAUUCUUGUCAUAGUGUCAGUUUGUAUGUGUCUGUUAACUCGGAAACCUGACAUCGUUAAGGAAAAGGGAAGAAAAAGAGAGAAGGAAGGAGAGGGUAAAGAGGAAGAAGAGACUCUUUUAGGACAGAGAGGGCUUAGGCAUUGUUAAAAUCACUUGACAAAUUUUGAUGUGGUCCAAAAAUUGUUUUUUUUUGUAAGGGUUUUAUCAAAAUACUCUAAUUUUGUUUGUAAGAACACUUAUUAAUUUUUAAUUUGGUGUAUACAGGGUACGUUAGAAUGUUUGGGACAUUUCAAAAAAGAAUUGGUAUGAACACAGGUCCGCAAUAGAGCAGAUUUCAAGCAGCGUUUUUAAUAUGAUAAAUAGGUUCAAUUUCUUUCUGUGGUGUGCGCACUGAAAAUAUUUUGUAAAUUAUAGAAUCGUCUACCUUACAAAAAAAGUAUUUUAGAUUUGUGUUCACGAAAACUCUCUGGAACGACUCAAAUAAAUUCAAAAUGCUUACGGAUCAAAACGCGAUCAACUUUUACUACCACUCACUAUAACUAUGGAAUAUAAAAGCACUUGUUGUAAAUGUUAAUUUAAUAAGAUGAUAGUAUUUGCAAUUAAAAAUUUGCAAGUAAGUUUUUAAUCGUAGGCUAUUUUUUAGCUUCUCUAAAAAAAUAAUUUCCUCUUUUAAUUUAUUAUCCUCGCAAAGUCGUGUAGCAAUGGUUUCACUUGUCAGCGACAUUUCACACAACACAAGAAGCAUACUAAUUUGGAUGCAUUUUUGCAUCAAGCAUUUAUUUGUAAACAACCGUUAGUUUCAAUCUCUGGGAAGGUGUGGUUCAAAAUAAAAGAACCAUUGCUUUGUCAAA